GCGAAUCGGAUGACGAUCUGAUUUCCGGUCAGUUUUGCGCUUAUUGCAAAACAGUACUUGGUUAUGAUUUGAGCAAGAUACAUUGAUCCCAGAUCUGCGUUUACCGGCAAAUUCCGUGUUCUGGUGACCACGUGUCUGUGCGCUGACCAAUGGCAACGCUCCUAGCUAUAGCUGAACGAAGCCAUGUGAGGAUCUGUAAAAUGGCGGCGCAGUGGCGUAGAAAAGAUGAGCGUAUACUCACCGGCAACACGGACUUUCUGACCGCAAACACAUUCAAUGAGGCUGUCCUGGGUAAAGGGGAAGUCAGUGAUCUGGAAAUGGACACUCACUCCUGCCUGGACCCUUCCAUCCUGGCUAUGUUUGAAGACUCCGCCGUAGCUGCAGAGACUAGGAGCAGACUGGAUGAGGAGAGUGAGUCCACGUUGUUGACAGCUCUAACAGAGAUACUGGACAGUGUUGACGAUGAGACCCUGUCUCCCUUUGACACCCUGCCUGACACUGGGCUCUUCUCUGACCAGAGGCUACGGGACAACUCCCCGUUGAGGCGGCUGCUGAGUUUAACACGGUCUCCACCUGAUAAAGAAGCAGUCUUUCGUUCCAUAAAGACCCCCUCUUCAUCUUCAUCCCCCUCUUCCUCUGUUGGAAAGGUUGAGACAGUCAUUACUGACAGACCCAGGAGGGCUAGGCUAACUCCCAGAGCCCAGGGCUCUUCCACAUCCAUACAGAGGAGCGAUGGAGAGGAGGAGGAAAGGAGUGAUACAGAAGAGGAGGAGGGCGGCAAGGUCCACAUUCACAGUCCGCCUCGGGGCUUCAAUCUGACCAAUCAGGACUCGGGAGAACUCUCCCUCGACCAAUCAGAAGUGAGAGCGCUGAACUCUGUAGAGAAGGACCAUGGCUACUCCUCUACAGUGUCCCUGGUGGACCUGGUGAAACUCAUGCACCCCUACUGCCUGAGGGUGUGCCUGGAUGAGGAGGGGAAGGACUGGAUCGGCACAUCCAGGCAGGAGGCCUCCUCCCUGGGGGAAUGGAGCGCGGACCAGAGAGUACCCCUUGAGGGCGAGGUGUGGAGGUAUACGAAGCCUGGUUCGGAAGAGAGCGACGAGGAAAUUGAUGUGGACGGAUCAGAUGACGAGUGUCCCUCGGGAGGAGGGAUGAAGGAUGAGAAAGAGGGGGAUGGAGAACAGGGAAGUAAAGGUGAAGAAGUGAAGCAACUAAAAAGUCUACUUGUGAAGUGGGAUGGGCCCAAAGAAGGCCAGAAGACCAAGAACAAAAAAAGAGUGAGCUUCGGACCUGUCCUGGUGACAUCCUACGAGCUACCAGAAACAGACGAACUUGACUUAAACGUGCUCCCGGACUUGAGCGAGCUCACCAGCCAAAUCCCCAUUUUUGACGUCAACACCAAAACAACGACCAUUUCCCUCACAACACCCUCUCCAGAGUCUUCAGCAGCAUCUUCAAAGGACAACCAACAUCCGGUUGAAACUGACUUACCUGAAAGGACCGGAGAUAAGUCGUUUUCGGAGCCUCCACCACAGCAAGGCGAGUCCAAGCCCAGACCGGCCCUCAGUCUUCAGCAGUACCGCCUGCUGCGCCAGCAGAAAAGACUACCCCUGGUGGUGAAACCUGAGAAUUACACCACCAAAUGGCCCUCUCUACCUGAAACCCCCAAGGAGUUGCCUCCUAUACCCUAUUUGCAAGGACCUAAAUAUAAUGUUUGGGGACCAACGACCACACAUCAUUACAUAGGAAGUAAAACAGGGGAUGAUGUCAGUGGAUUCAAGCCUAUAUCUAAGACUAGGACAAAGAUUGUCUCUCCUGCUUGUCCCAGUAAACCUGGUAAAGGCAUUGGCAUCAAUGGAUCAAAGCCUGUAAGAAGUGGGACUAAGACUUCUCCUGCCAGCUCAGCUUUAAAGCCCAAACGCAACUCAAUGGAAGCUAAAUCUGCUAAUUAUGUUGGUGUAUUAAAGCCUAUUUGGACUGAGACCAUCUCUCCUGCUAGUCCCUUACCAAGUCCCAACCUGAACUCCAACUCAGUGGCGGGUCUGGGCCAGAACAGGACUAGCCCAGAAAAGAGUGCUGUUGCGAUCAGUAGCGACCCCCCAAACCCUGUCCUGGUCCCACUACCAGGAACCCGUCCAUCUUUGGAUGGAUUUGAUAGGAGCCAUGGGACCAACCAGGAGAAGCAGGAACAGGAACAAUCUCUACCUCUGUCCACCACCCAGGAGUCUCCGGCGCCCAAGCCCAAAAUGGUGUUCUGCAACCGGGAUCCAAGCCUGAAGAGCACCAGUCUCCUCCUUGAGAUCCAGCGGAGGUUCUCCACAAAACAACCAUUGCGGAAAGCACUUCACACCCAAAACACUGCAGAGACCAUGAAACAAGGGCAUCAGCCUCGCUCUCUCAGCCAAAGGAAAGGGAUCGAGACCGUACCAGAAGGGUCCAAGUUUUCCCCAAGUGCAUCAGUAAUGGCAAGUCCAUCCUCCAGACCCUCAGUCCAUCCACCCACCCAUGCUGUUGUUGCUCCUUACCCAGAGAUGGAGAGGGCAAAGCGGGUAGCGCUUGGGAACCUCCCCCAUGUCCAACUGUCCACCUCUCCAGAGAGUAACACCUGCAUACAGACCCCCACCUGCGGCACAGGAAUCGAAGCCACAGAUCUGACCAGCCUUCUGGAGCGGUUUGAGGAGACACAAGCCAAAGAGGAGACUGAGAGUGAACCUGAAGGCAGUCCAGAUAGGAGCCCUGUUAGAGAUGAAGCGCUGAGCAACAACACUGAAGGGAUGCUGACACUGCUGGGUGCCCAUCUCCUCAGCACCCAAGAAAAACUCUGUCUUCCAGAACCCGCUGGCUUUCCAGAACUUGUCAACACUCCGGAACCCCUCAGAGCUCCGGAACCCCUCAGAGCUCCGGAACCCCUCAGAGCUCCGGAACCCCUCAGAGCUCCGGAACCCCUCAGAGCUCCAGAACCCCUCAGAGCUCCGGAACGUUGUGAUACUCAGGAACCUCUCAGCACCCAGAAUGUUCUCAGCACUCAGGAACAGGCCCCUGCACAGCCGCGCUGGAAACCGCUUACCCCUGUCGCACCUCAGAGGAAGCAACCGGCAACCCCCAAACCUGUCCCUCCCAAGGCCAUCCAAAUCAUCGACCCCCGUCCUCUACCACCCAAAAAGGCCCACCCCCUCCCCCCAAAGCCCCCUGUCACCCCCCCUGAGUUCCAGACACCAGUAUCUUUCUCCUCGGACCACGACUACUGUCUAUCUCAGGAUCAACCAGGGAGUAAUACUACUACGCUAUGCAGCAAAAGACAAACGAUACUCCCCGACCACCAACCAAUCACCAACCCCUCCUCAGUGCCUGGCACGCAGAACUCUGGGAAAUAUUUGCGCCAGCAGCAGCCAAUGGACUCCAGGACUGUUCCAGAGACAGAACUUCCCUCAGACUCUGCUCCGCCAUCUACAGAUAGCUCCCCCUUUAGGACGGACGCCAUUACUGGAGGGGAGACACAGGAAGAGAGAACCAGCCCCUGCAUCCCUUCCCCUCCUUCACCCAGUCCCCCUGCCAGAGGUAGGAGGUCGUCCCGGCGCUAUCGGACAAGGUCUUCAUGCUCGGACUCUAGCUCUAGGUCCCCUUCUUCAUCAUCAUCUUCCUCAUCCUCCUACUCUCGAUCCAGGUCUCGCUCUCCACCCCGAAAGAGGUUCUGUCCCAGGCGUUCUGAAAGCAGCUCCUCCUCCUCGUCCUCUUGCUCCAGCUCCGUCUCCUGUUCCCCGGUUCCCUGCCGGUACCGGCUCCCCUACCCACAGUCCUGGAAACGCUCUCGGUCCACAUCAAAGUCCUGGACUCAGUCUGGUUCCAGAUCUAGGUCCAGGUCCCCCACCACACUGGCCUACAGCAGGGCCCAGAGGUGGAGGGACUGCUACAGCUCCAACAACGUCAGGGACUCCAGGAAACGAAAGAGACAACAAGAUAUGAGGAAUCAAAAACUAAAAGCCAUAGACGAGCGCAGGGUGGUGUACGUGGGCCGCAUCCAGAGGACCAUGAUGCACGCGGAGCUGAGAGAACGCUUCUCUCUGUUUGGAGAGGUGGAGGAAUGCACCCUGCACUUUAGAGACAUGGGUGACCACUACGGCUUUGUGACGUUCUACAACAUGAAAGAUGCGUUCGCAGCCAUCGAGAACGGCUACAAGCUGAGGAGACCUGACGAGCUGCCCUUUGACCUCUGCUUCGGGGGCAGGCGUCAGUUCUGCAAAUCUACAUACGCCGACCUAGAUUCUAAGCGAGAAGAGGAGGACUCCACUCCAGCGAAAAGUAAGGAGGAGGAGCUGGACUUUGACACGCUAUUGAAGCAGGCACAGAAAGGCUUGAAGCGGUAGCAGAGUCCUGGAGGAAGAGAGGGAGCCAAGAAAGAAAAAAGGAAUGAUGGGAGAGGAGAAAACAUUUACAUUUUUUACAUUUUAGUCAUUUAGCAGACGCUCUUAUCCAGAGCGACUUACAGUAGUGAAUGCAUACAUUUCAUUUUUUUCAUUUCAUACAUUUUUUUUUUUCGUACUUGGCUCCCCCGUGGGAAUCGAACCCACAACCCUGGCGUUGCAAACACCAUGCUCUACCAACUGAGCUACAGGGAAGGCUGCCUAAGAAAGGUCCCAAAUGUCGCCCUAUUCCCUAUAGAGGGCACUAAUCUUAGGGCUCUGAUUCCAAAGCAGUGCCCUCUAUAGAAGGGAAUGGGUUUUAAUUUGGGACUGAGCCAACAAGUUAGCAAGACUUACCUCAGAGCUAUACACAUGUGCAUACUUUAACAUUAUAGAAAUGUUGUUUUAACUUGUAUUGGUUCACUUUUAUCAACUCAUCUUAUUUUAUUUACUGUGCUAGCAAAACUUUGUUGAUGCAGUAAAAAGAUUUUUAAGAAAAAAAAUCAUAAGUUAAUUAUUAGAAUAUUGUAAAAACAAAAAUAUAUAUACAAAAAAAAUGUUUAAAGGAAGGAUCUUUAAAUAUCUUUGUUUGCACUAAUAUUGCAUUUGCAAGCUUUGCUUUACUCUCGUCUGUUACAGUGUUUAAAAAGUUGAGAUUCCCUUAGUCAUUUUAUUCCCAAUUAUGAACAUGUUCUUUAUGAAUGAAUAAAGACUAUUAUUGUGUAAUGCUGAA